AUACAUGAACGACACAACAUUCAUAGAACCCAUGUUUGGUACCUGGAGAGAACCUAACCCUAGUCUGGAUUAAGAGCAAUAACCAAACAGCAGAUUCAAAUCCAAACGGCGCGUCGGUUAUCGCAAUCUCCAAUCGUUGUGGAUCCUAGUCUCUCUCGAAUCAAAUCUCUCUCAAUCCUUCCAAACCAUCGCUAUUACAAAUCCCGGACACCUUUUUCCUUUCUCGUAUUUUCUUUUCUGUUUCCCGAUAACUUAGGGUUUCGUUUUCUUCCCGCCAAACCCCCUUUGAAUUCGUAUUCUUGCUCCGGUCAUGUCCGCUUCGACGGUUUCCAUCACUGCGAAUACGGCGGCGAGGCGGAGGCCCGUCGUCAUCGGUGAGAAGAAGCCCAACAUUGAAUUGCUGUCCGGCGAUGCCGGCGUUUCUCAGUUCAAUGGCAUUGCCGGAGAGGAUAAACUCACCGGAGGCGGAGGCAAGGACCUGAGCCAUUCAAUCAGGGGAGAAACAAUUCUUGAGAGAUCGAAAGAGGUGGUGCAGAUCAAGAAAACCUCCGCCAACGCCGCCACCGAGCCUCGCCGUACCAGAAAAGUCGUUUCCAAGUCGGAGAGGCCUCGGUGGGUAACUGCAGUUAGUAUAUUCACUAAGAAUUUGGUACUCUUGGUUGUGAUUCUUGGACUGGUACAGAUGAUUCGGAAAUUGGCAUUGAAAUCUGCGGAUUCUUCGGGAGGUUCCUUGGUGGCGGUUCCGGAUUUUGAGCGGCGGAUUGCUGAAGUGGAAUCUUUUUUGAAAACUACAACGAAAAUGAUGCAGGUUCAGGUGGAGGUUGUGGAUAGGAAGAUUGAGAGUGAGGUUGGGGGUCUGAGAAGAGAGUUGAGUAAGAAAAUUGAAGAAAAGGCUGGCGAUUUUAAUAACCACUUGGAAAAAUUGGAUUCCAAGAGUGAGACUUUGGAGAAGAAGUUAGGCGAGUUGGGGGCAAUGGAAUUCUUGAGGAAAGAAGAUUUCGACAAAAUAUUUGAUGAGUUGAAGAAUGCUAAGAGUGCUGAUUAUGGAGACAGGGAAAUGAGUUUGGACGAGAUUAGGGGGAUUGCCAGAGAAAUAGUUGAGAAAGAAAUCGAGAGGCAUGCUGCUGAUGGGCUCGGUAGGGUCGACUAUGCACUGAGUUCUAGUGGGGCCAUGGUUGUUAGGCAUUCAGAACCAUAUAUUCUUGGAAAGGGAAGUGGUUGGUUUCCAAAGACAAGUCUAACUGGGGUUCAUAGGGAUUCAGAGAAGAUGCUGAAACCGAGUUUUGGAGAGCCUGGUCAGUGUUUUCCUCUGAAAGGGGACAGUGGAUUCGUUCAGAUUAGGCUGAGGACAACUAUUAUUCCAGAAGCUAUUACUUUGGAGCAUGUUGACAAGAUGGUCGCAUACGACAGGUCAAGUGCUCCCAAGGACUGUCGGGUUUAUGGAUGGCAUCAGGGACAUGACACUGAUAUAGCAGCUGAAACCGGAAGUAUGUUUCUUUUGGCAGAGUUUAGUUACGACCUUGAGAAGAGUAAUGCUCAGACCUUUAAUGUAUUGGACUUGGUGGGCUCUGGUCUUGUGGAUAUGGUCAGGUUUGACUUCGCAUCUAACCAUGGAAGCCCUUCUCAUACUUGCAUCUAUCGGUUGAGGGUGCAUGGUCAUGAGCCCGACUCUGUUUCGAUGUUGGCCAUGCAGUCCUGAUUCAGGGUCCAAUGCUGGCUCACUCCCUCGGUAUUAGUCUUGUUCUAUAAUUGUUGUUUGCAGUCUUCUUUGUAUUGUGUCCACGCCUUGCUUCAACUUUCAUGUUCUAAACCUUUUUAAUCGACUAGGUACAAAUCUUUAAUUAUGUUUGUGUUUAGAUGUGUUUCUCCUCCUCACCUAGAUGUGUUCUCAAAUGAAUGUGUUCAUAAAAUAGUGGCUAGUAAUUGAUGCAUCUCUGUUGUUAUUUUUGGCGA